ACACAAAUCUAAUAUUAAAAAUAAAAUGGAACUGGUAUUUUGAAUAGCUAUGUUUUUAAGUAUACGAAAGUGAGAAAAUGCAUUGCUGAUUGCAUGUUUUACUGUAAUCGAACCAAGAUAGUAGAGUAUAUAAUGUCUUCGAAUCGAACAUGUUAUUUUCAAACGAAAUUGUAAAAGGAGGUUCUCUUAUCGUAUGUAUUUUAUUUACAUGUCUUUGGAUAAUUCAGAACUUCAGACUUGAACCGAUGUUGUUGAUUCUUUUUUCAUUUAACGUGAAAUAUUUCAUGUAGUUUUGCUCAGUAGUUUUUAUUCGUAGCUUAGUUAUUAUUACUAUCUGAAGGCUAGGAUAAUCAUAAUAUACAAAAAUAAAUUAUUUUGAACUUGUUAACGGAAUCUGCUCCACAGACAAAAUGACGCCGCAGCCAAAUUGCUUUACUCUAUGUGACAAAGUCAGACAAAGAAGCUCACUUCGUAAACGAAUACGGGAAUACUAUAAUUCUAAUUGUAAUCUGUGGUCUUCUUAAAUGUUAUUGAUCGGUGGCGUAUUCAAAUACGACUCCAAAUUAUUGUUAGAUUUGUUAUUGUGCUGGUUUAUGAUUUAUUCUUCAAAGGUAACGUAAAUAAUAUGCUUGAAGACGUUGGAAAUGGUGAAUUGAUAGCUCCUCGAAUAUCAGACAAGUUCGUACUCGAAGCAAAAGACGCUAAAUACAAUAAGAUUGCGGGAAAUAUGAAGCCUGUUGAAAACACAGUUUUAGCGUCUCCGAUUUUACAACAUGAAACAGGUUAUGAUUUUAAUGUUUUGCCAGUGAAAUCCAGUUGCGAUCAAAAUGGAUGCCAUACUCCAGACUUACAAAAAGAAGAGCUCCAUCAAAAUAAUGCCUCUCUAGUUGUUACCUUAGAAGAAAAAUUACCGAUCGCCGAAAUUGUUGGAGAUGAUCUUUCAGAUUCCUCAAAAUAUGUCGAUUGUUACAAACGCAAGACAGAACGUGAUCAGUCAUCACUUACAGUUCUUGAAAAGCAAGCCACAGUAAAUAAAGAAAACGAAUUGAAUGUAGAAGAAGUUGCUCCUUCUGUUAAACCUGAGUUAUUAGUGCUUGAAACAAAUGAAAAUAACUGUCAAGAAGGUAAAAUACAUACUUCUGACAAAGAAAAUUUAAUAACAACAUCAGCGGAAGACAUUGUUGAUGAAUCCCUCACAGGAAAUGGUCAAGAGAAGACUGAAAACAAUGUCUCUGAAAGAGAUGAGUUAGUAAUCACUACUCCUGUAGAAAAAGAAACUCAGAAUGAAAAAUCUCCAUCCCAAGACUCUGCAAAUCAAGAAGUAGAAAAAGAACUGCCUGAGAUAGCUGCAAGUGCCAAAUAUACAAGAAAAGAAAAAAUAAGUACAUCAUCCACAUCAAAUGAAAAAAUAGAAGAAGCUGAAGCAAUUUCAGAAGAUGAUGGGGACAGUUCUUCCAGUGAAGAAGAUGACGAUGCUUCAGAAGAAGGCAGGACAGAAUCUGAGUCUGAAACUGAAACGUCUAGCAGCGAGGACAGUAAAUUAGGCCAGGAAAUGAGUGGUAGACAAUAUAUUACUCAUUAUGAGCAGCAAAAGAUAAAGGAAUUCUACACACUGUAUCCCCCGGGUAAAGUGGUUUUGCCUAGAGGAUUUUUAUUACAUUUUUGUGCGUCAACACGCAGAGAAAUUGUAAGUUUGAAGAGAGAGGACAUCAAUAAUGCUCUGGUAGCUUUAGGUGCUGAAAUAGCAUUUAUAGAUUAUCAAAAAGGUGACUUAUUUGGAUGGGUGCGCUUUAAAGAAUCUUGUGAGGCACACAAAAUCUUAAGCCAAAUGCCUAAUAACACACUAUUGAUAAAAACCGUGUAUAUGGUGUUUAAAAAGGUGCCCAAGAAGGAGGAAACGAAGUAUUUAACUGAAGCGGGGAAGAGAAUGUGUAAGCUACGCCAAAAUAAGGUCAGCUUAGAUAAGAAACUAAAAAAGCUCAUGAUAGAAAAAAAAAAAUUAAUCAAGCAACAAAAGAGGGAUUUAAAAAAGUCAAAGCAGGAAAAUCAGUCUUGAUAAUCUUGGGAAUCUCAUGAUAAUCUUUGAAAUACAGUCAACUGCAUGAAUAGAAAUGUUUUGAUAAUUACAGAGCCUUAUUUCAACAUUUUUUUGUACCAAACUUAUGGGGUUGACUGUAUAUAUUGUCCUUUUGAGCAACACAUGGAAGGUAUGAUUUUUUUAUUGUUAACUAUUUUCUUAAUACAACUGAAUAAAAAAUAAAUCUAGAGUUAGAUAAGCAUGCUUUAAUUAAUUAAAUUUUAAGUAAGGAAUAAAAAUGCAGUCCCAUGGAAGUGGGUAAUUUUUAGGCAUGAAGAAAUGCCUAUAAAUAAUUUUAUCUCGAAGAAAAUUGGCUUAUAUUAAAUCGAGCUUGUCCCAAAUUAUUAAUUUAACUACCUACUGUAAAUCACUAUUUCGAAAUAUUUGUCUUUUUAAAUGUUAGUUUUUCUUAUUAAAUUUUGCGCCACGGAUCAACGUAGAACCGCGAGUCAAUCUGUCUGUAGGCCUGUUUUAUGGAACGCGUGCAGCUGACCAUCCCUCUCCAACAUGAUAUGUUUGCUUAUUGUUGGACAAGGCAGAAACAUAAUGAAGGUAAGAGAGUGUGUGCGCGUUGUAUUAUAUUAUUGGCUUUUUUAGGGUGCCAUACUCAAAGGGUAAAAUCGGGACCCUAUUACUUAAAGGCACCGCCGCGCGCCGGCUGUAUGUACGUCUGUCAUCAGGCUGUAUCUAUUCUAAGUUCGUACCUAAUUCUUUAUUAGAAAAAUAAAUACGUAUAGAAAUGAAGUAUUCGUAAAUAACAUACCAUUGACUACACAGCGGUCAUAUUAUUAAAUUACCUGUAUGUGUAAAUAGUAAGUUCAAUUUUCUAGAAUUGUACUCUCUGUCUCUGUACUAAGCUUCGGAGCACAUUGCCACCGUAUUGUCUAUAAAAAGUUAAUUCGUUGCAAAUUUGUUUGCGCCUUGCAAGAUUGAACCGAUGAAGUAAAAAGCCGUAGUACUUCUGACCAGGGCCGGAUUUAGGGGCCCAGAGGCCUCGGGGCAACAAAGGAGUGAAGGCCCCCUUGCCCCAAAUUAUUUUUCAAAUAAUAUUAACAAUUUUGUAGGUAAAAAUGGCUGUAGGUAAAGGUAAAAGCGAAAAAAAAUAGCAAUUAGACUCCCGUGUUGUGCACAAAGGUACCAAUUAAAAUCUAAAAACGAUUUGCAAAUGGCAGUAUAUUAUAUAGGUAGCAUAAGGUUAAUAUUUAAGUAACUUUAGUUAGUUAUAACACAUAAUCGGACGUAAACCUGACGACGCACAAUAUUCGACUGAAACGCGAAAUCUGAAAACUAUUUUAAGCUAAACUGAAUUCUGUGAUCAAGUCCUAGACUUUUGAUUUUAGUUAUUUAUUUUAGAGUAUUACUUAUUUGCUUUAAAAUUUAUCUGAAAAGUUCUAAGGACUUAUAUUUUCAAAUCUAGGACCAUUUGGCGUUGAAAUGGAAUAAUACAUACAUAAUAAAAUAAGUACUAUUUUUCAGUGAAUAUUAUCAAAAAUGUGAUGUGAGUGUUUGACACCGUAUUAGUCGUGAAUUGAAAGGGUGGGUGGCAUCCUAUACGAGUGAAUUUAAUCCUAGUAUUAAGAAUAUAACUAUUGUAUCCAAUUGUGAGUCGUAUUUUUAAGAUUCACCUUUAGCAUUAGAUUGAACACUUUUUGUGUGUUUGUCUUAUUAUGUACGUGGUUUGUAGCGAUUAUUCUAUUUGAUUGGCACGAUGAAUAAUAAAACUGAUUUUUGUGUGUUACCAUGAUGUGCCAAAUUGAAAAUAGAAACGUCUAUCCUGUAUGAAAAACCGAAUUGUAAUAAAAUAAUCGUGUUCAAUGAAAAAUAAACGAUGAAAUGAUA